GGCUCAUACCAUACCAUCUCAUGUCACAACAGUCAAGCUGAAAAGGAGAUGAAGUCCAGAUCUACAGGAUUCUUAGCUCUCGCUGAAGAACUCCAAUCUUAUAUUCUAAGCUUUCUUCCUUACCAAGAUAUUCUACGUUGUACAUCUGUAUGCAAGGCCAUCCGCCAGACGUACACGUCCUCAUCCGAGCUUCAGUACAUCACUGAACUCGGUGGCCAGCAAUUGCUCCCUGUCCCCGACACAGGUCUCGAUAACUCAAACCACACUUCAAUUUCCAAGCGCCUACAACUUCUGCGAGACACAGCGCACGCAUGGUUCAAAUUUGAUAUCCACUCUUCCAAAACAAUUUCUAUACCAGACCAAUUCCAAGACGCGAAGACAUCUCUCGCUGACGGGCAUCUCUGCUUAUUCAACGAAGAUGAACAAACGGCCAAGAUUUUUCCCGUACUGCCAAAACCUUCACAACAAAAGAUCGAGCGCAGUUGGCCUUCAGGAUCACUUUGCUCAAUUCCAUAUGCGGAUAGUAUCGAGGUGUUUAUGGACCCGGCGCAAAACUUGAUUGCCAUUGCGUGUAUGAUUGCUGAUGAAUCUCCUGGGAUGGACUCGGACGGCAUGAGGUUGUAUAUCGACAUUGGGGUUCUGGACGGAGAUGGAGAUGUGCACCCCGAAGCUGCUGGAAAGACGCUGUUUCUGUCGGGGCUUCCAACAUGCGAGGACGGCCUUUAUACAAUAGAAAAUUGGAAGCUGGAAGGUUUGGGGAAACAUAUCGCUUUCCGGCGCUCCCUCCUGGUUCAUGAAGGUGGCUAUAAAUUCGGCGAGGAGAUAUGGUUCUUGCAAAUUUGGGACUGGAAACAUUCAACAACGUCCAGUUGCGUGCUCAGUGACACAAUAAUAAAUCCAGAGGUCGGGGAGUCGCUUGAUUUUUGUUUCCUCGGAAACGAUAGACUGUUGAUCGUCAGCAAGGACUUGAGGCUCUAUUCGAUUGAGGAUCUGUCACAGGCACCUCGAUUGCUGGCCUGCUUCUUGAUGCCUGUAUCAGUGACGGGCAUACAAUGCCUCCUUCCAAUGGACGACAUUGCACAUAGUUCACAACUGCAAAUGCAAACCCAGCGAACGAUGUGGACCUCAGAUCCUAAAAAUCGAAUAUUAUCCCUUAUCACACGCACUCGGGAUGCCACAAACUCAAUCACAUUCAUCAUUUCCACUAGGAUUUUCUUCGAUCCCCAAGCUAAGGUCUUUGAUGGAAUGGCAGAAAUACCAUGGGAACGUUGGGGUCCUCUACAUGCUCGUAUCUUCGUGCAUAACUGGCGGUGCAGAGUUGGUGUUAGCGGGAAUCGAGUGUUACAGGCAUUUCCUGUAACAGGCGUGAGAGCGGAAGAUCAUCUGGAUGGCUCGGAUUAUAAGUUACAUAUGAUGGACUUCAGCCCAUUAGCUGUUGAGCGCCGGCAGGGUUUAGGAAUAGUGGUGAAAGAGCCGUCUACGAUAGAAAUCGCCGAAUCGUCAGAGACAUUGACGACGUGCCUGCCUUACGUGGAAGUCGUGUCGGAUAGAAUCUUUGGUGCCGACCAGGUGCUGGACAUAUGGGUUGAUAAAAACAGGAUUUAUUUGCCCAAGUUGAAUUCAGAGGAAUCAGAUAGCGUAAGUUCUUGCGUUUUCAACCAAGUCUAGCAUGCUGAUUUUUUAUCCAGGAUGGUAUAGACGAGCUUGAGGU